GUGGUCACAAUUAUUAAUUAAAAAUGGAAGUGGGCUACCCUAACACUAGAGGUAUUAGUGUUCUAGAGCAACUUAAACUUUGCCUGUCUCACAAUAUCCAACUACAGGCACAGUUAGAAGCAUUCUUAAAGCAGCUGGAUCAGGCUUUAAAAAGAAAUGCAGACGAACAGGCCAAAGCUGAGAUAUUGAGUAAGAACCAGAUACGGUAUCCGAAGUGUAGCAUCAUGAGCUUCAUGAAACCAAGAGCAAAGACACCUUACUUUGUGGACAUGAACUUAAAAUGUCCUCCUCGUAAUAAAGAUGCUGAAGAAAUGAAAGACAAACUAUCAGAGGUAUUUAUCAAUCCAACCAUCUGGCUCAAGAAUGACGACAAGAAGUUGAUAGUCGGAGUGAGGCAGAAGAACCUUGAAAGACUCUCACGACCGAUACAACAAAGGAUGUUACUGAGUGAUGUAACUAUUGAUGAACUUAAAGAACUUCAAGCUCAAAUCACUGAAUUAAAGACUAAGAAUGCCCAUCAGUUGUUAGUCCAUUCAGAUGAUCUGGACUGGAACACAAUAGCAUACGAACAGUUCAACUCUGAACACUCGGCCUACGACUGCUACCUUCGUUAUAAGCACUUCCUUCAGGCGUCGGUCAACCACAAGGAAUGGAUGCCCAAUGAAGUAUGGAGGCUGAACGAACUAGCAAAGAAAUACGAUGGGUAUAACUGGGAAGCCAUUGCUACUGAACUCAACACUGGAAGAACUGCUGUCCAGUGUUUGAGGUGCUAUAAGACCAGCUCUCAUCUCCUUAGUAAAAAGUAUGUCACCUUUCACUAACUUGAGUUUACAGCGUAGCCUCUCUAUAUAAUGGAGACUUUGGGACAAGAA